AUGAAGACAGCCUGCUGGAACUGUCGAGGUCUAGGCAAUGACUCGACAGUUCGACGCCUUAAGGAGAUAGAUCGGAAGUAUCUCCUGGACAUUAUAUGUCUUUCCGAAACAAAGCAGCAGGAUGAUGUCAUUAGGGAUGUGGGAGCUCAGUUAGAUUGCUUGAAUUAUGUUUCUGUUCAUCCAGUAGGUCUUAGUGGUGGCUUGGUUCUGUAUUGGAAGUCUCAUGUACAGUUGCAAGUUCUGUUUCAGUCAUCUAAUUUGAUAGAUUGUAAAGUUCAAUGUAAUGGAAGUUGGUUUUACUACACGUUUGUCUAUGGCCAUCCAAAUCCCUCUAUGAGACAUCAUACAUGGGAAAGACUUGAACGUUGGGCACUAAACAGAAGACAUGAUUCUUGGAUGGUAUUAGGAGAUUACAAUGAGAUAUUGGGGAAUCAUGAAAAGGAAGGUGGCAGUUUGAGACCAGAAGCUUCAUCUAGUACAUUCAGAACAAUGGUACGGCAUUGUGAUCUUACAGAUUUACCUUCGGUUGGUAAUAGAUUCUCAUGGGUAGGAAGACGACAGAACGGUUUAGUAAAGUGUUGUCUUGGUAGAGUUAUGAGCAACUCUAAGUGGUUCUCAGAAUAUCCAGCAUCAGAAACUUUGUUCCUAGAACUAGGAGAAUCUGACCAUCGACCACUAGUAACCUAUAUAUCUGCAAAAAGAGAAAGGCCGAGAAGAUUGUUUUGCUAUGAUAGUCGCAUGGUUGACAAAGAAGGUUUCAGAGAUACAGUGAGGCAUGGCUGGAAAGGUGAUAGAAAUACAAAAUACUUCCAUGCAGUCUCGAGAGCUAGAAGAAUAAAGAAUACGCUGACUUCAAUACAAGAUGAAACUGGAGUGAUUCAUCGAGGCCAAAGUAAUAUAUCAAAGGUGGCAGAGAAUUACUUCAACAAUCUGUUCUCCUCUACUAAUGAUGUGAGUAUGCACUUUGAGCAGACUUUCCAAGGAUUUUCUCAAUGGGUAACUUCAGAUAUGAAUGAAGAUCUUACCCGAGACAUUACUGAAGAAGAGGUACAGAUCGCUGUAUUUGAUAUAGGACCGCAUAAAGCCCCAGGACCAGAUGAGUUUACUGGAGCCUUCUAUCAUCAACAUUGGGAAGAUGUGAAAACAGAGCUGAUGUCAGAAAUUAAACGCUUCUUUACUGAUGAUGACUUUGAUGAUAAGUUGAUUCAGACAAACAUAUGUCUUAUACCCAAGGUUUAUCCUCCAACAGUGAGUUUCUCAGUUUUGAUUAAUGAAGUUCCAGAAGGAAGAAUAGUACCGAAGCGUGGGAUUCGACAAGGGGACCCUCUAUCACCAUAUUUGUUCAUACUAUGCGCUGAAUUGCUAUCACAUUUGAUGAAUCAAGCAAUGUGUGAUAGAUCCUUGCUGGAGGUGAAAGUGGCAUUACGAGUUCCUGAAGUAAACCACUUAUUAUUUGCAGAUGAUUCACUAUUAUUCUCUCUUGCUAAUCCAAAGGCAGGUAGGAAACUGAAACAAAUUCUAAACCUCUAUGAGAUGGUAUCUGGUCAAGCUAUAAAUCUGAACAAGUCAUCGAUCACUUUUGGAAGCAAAGUCUCAACAACAGUUAAAACAAGGUUGAGAGCUCUGUUGGGAAUAUUCAAUGAAGAUGGAAACGGUAAAUACCUUGGCUUGCCAGAGCAGUUUAAUAACAAGAAAGGAGAAAUGUUUCAGUUCACCAUUGACAAAGUUAGAGAUGCAGCUCAAGGAUGGAACAGGAGAUCCCAAGUCUCCAAGUGGGCCCUCUUGGCCACCCUCGACCUGUUUAGCAAACUUCUGGUGGGGAUCAGGAACAAACAAAGGAAUGCACUGUAUAGUUGGAAACGUCUUUGUGUCCCAAAGAAAGAGGGAGGUCUAGGCUUUAGAGAUCUUGAAAGGUUUAAUCAGGGACUUUUAAGAAAGCAAGUUUGGCGAAUACUACAACAUCCUGAAAGCCUAGUAGCUAGAAUAUUGAAGGCUCGUUACUUUCUAGAAGAAAGUAUUCUAACAGCACAACCUAAAAGGAAACCCUCCUAUGCGUGGAAGUCUCUAUUAUAUGGAAGAGAUCUUCUAAAACAAGGACUUCGGUUCAUUAUCGGCAAUGGCACUAGGGUUAGUAUGUGGAGUGAUCCCUGGUUGGCUGAACAUCCACCAAGACCCCCAAGAUCAAGGGAUGAUGUUUCACAGGUGGAAUCAGUUAGUAGCUAUACCAAAGGAGAUGGAACUGGAUGGGAUAUAGGAAAACUCAGAGAAGUUGUGGUAGAGGAAGACAUUGAUAAGAUCUCAUCGAUAAGAAUAAGUCCACAUGCGGAAUUGGACUUAUUAGGGUGGCAUUACACAAAGGAAGGUAUAUAUACAGUGAAGUCCGGUUAUUGGUUAAGUACUCAUCUACCACAACAAGAAAAAGCAACACCAACUUGGGGUGAUCACAUACUAAAGAAGAAAAUCUAG